AUGUCGUCCGAAACUCCACAAAUACCCCUACCGCAAACUGUGUCACCUCUUUCCGCUCAAGAGCUAAAUUUCUUUCCCCUACCCAAACAGCUAGAAUCACUACCUACGAAAACAUUUGAAGAAUUUGUCAACAAUGAAGAAUUAAUUCAAGGUUAUAUCCACCAGCUCGAAGCUUACAAACUGAAAUUAAAGGAGCUACAAGAACGUGCGAGUCAAGCAUCAUCUUUGCUCCAAUCUGAGAUCAAUGACACCUUGAUUCCGCAAUAUCAAGACGUGAGUAACAAGAUCAAUCAACGAAUCAAAACUCUCACGCAACUUCACAAUGAGUUUUUGAACUUGGAGACUAUUCAGUAUCAAACUAUGUCAUCUACAUUCAAUGAAGAGCUUUUGAAGCACAAGUUUAGGAAAUUGAUUGAACGGAACGACGAGGAGAGUAGAGAUUUGGUCAAGAAUAUCAAUUCAAGUGAGGUCACUGAUGAGCAAUUGGUAGAUACUUUAGAGCUGUUUAAACAGAGUAGAAAGACAUACCAUUUCAAAAAAGAAAAACUUAAUCGUUGGGAAGAACAAAGGGUCAGUGGAUGA